CAACUAUUAUCUUUUUUUUUGUAAGUUUAUAAAAAUCAUUAUCCUUUCAUAAGUAUUAGACAAAAAAAAAAAAACUUAUUCUGUAUUUUUCUGUCCAGAGAAUUUUGCUAUACAUAUAAACAUAAAAUAUACAUAUACAAAUAGAUAUAAAAAAUGCUUCCUAUUCAAGACUAUUUGGUUGACUGGCAUGUUCGUGUCACUUGGAUUGCCUUCAUGACACUUUGGGUUCUUUGGGGUCUUGCCUGGUUUAGUCGCCAUGCCUUUGGUGGUGAUGCAUCUACUCAUUAUCAGAAUGCCAAUUACUCCACACAGGUUGGUCAUGAUCCAAAUGUGACCACGACAACUGACCCAGAAUUAGGUGGUGUUGGUGUUGGUGCAAACACGACUACUGCUCAAGGUACUACUGCAGGAUAUAAUAAUACAGCUCAUAAGCAACCUCUUUCUGCUCCUGCCUGGUCUGUCAAUAUCUUUAACCGUUUAAAUAGAGCUCAUGAUAUGCUUCGCGAUCUCGUUCUUAUGUUGCUUUCUGUUUUAACUUUAAAUACAUUUGCUCGUGCUUCAACUCGUGCUGUUAUGAUUAUUGCUUGGAUCUUCUUAGCCUUUGCCGUGAUUUACUUUGUAGUUGAAGCCUCUUAUGAACAUCGUUAUCUUCGUCUCUUGUACGCCUUAACAUUCUACGGCCUUGGUUUAGCUGUCGUUGGUCUUGCUUAUGCUCAAGGCUUCUAUUAUUAAUUUACUUUUAUAAAUACAUAUAAAUAUAUAAUUAAUUUUUUUUUUCUAAUAUUAUAUUAAUUUUUUUUACCAUUAUUAUAAUCAAUAUACAUAUAUGUAUAUAAAUCCGUUCGUAAUAACAAUAAUAAUAGUUAUAAAAUAAAGUGUCAUAUCUUUUAAUCAAA